ACCAAUAAAUGCAUGCUAAAUCCAAAAACCAAGUACACAUUACCUUGAUUCUGCUCACGGUCUCUAGUAAGAAAUUUGCACGUAUCGUUUUCAUUUAUAUGCAUGGAUUCAUUGAUGGAGGCUAGGUGCAGGUCAGUGGCAGCUUGACAAGGAAUGCAUGCAAAUGGAAAAAGGUGGCAGUUAUUAUGAGUUCUGGUACAACACGAAUGGUGAAGCCCACGAUUCUUCACUUUCAGGAAGAAUUUCAGCUAGCUCUUUUAAGAAUAGAAAGAAAGAGAACCUCGUCACUAAUCAGCAAUAUCAAUGCCAUUUUGAUGUUGGGAGAAUCCAUAUUCUGCUCCCACUUCAUGGAAACAAUGUGCUGAGUGCCGAAAUGGUGGAACUUCAGCAACAGUCUGGCAAGUGGGAGCUGCAGAUACCAGAAGACCCUGUGGCCAGGCAAUCUCACAGGUGGCCUAUUGGGUUUGUCAAGACAGGAUUUGUACGUGGAAGCACCAAGCCAGUGGCAGAAGCCUUCUGUGAGGCGGCAUUGCUUGCUCGGCUGAGAGGAGAGCAGUGGAGUGAGAUGCAAGAGAAGGGGAGGCCAGAGAUUUUUGUGCUGGUAAGGAAUCUGAGGUCUGCUGCCUAUCGGCUUGCCCUUGCAACCAUUGUAGUGGAACAGCAGGUGGAAGACAUGGAGUUCAUGCGGAAGCUCUUGAUUUGGAGAAAAUUGUGCUUCAAACAGUAGUGGAAGUUGUAGAGGACUGGAGAAUAGAUGAUAUAAGCGGUCUCUUGGGUCAUUAUAAUUUUAAAGCCAGCAUGCUUGACAGAAAGUCUCACUUUUGAGUGGUGACGAGGUAUAUGAAAUGUCUUCUACCAUGCUAUUUUUGAUUUUGCCUGUUUGGCUAUAUUAGGCUAUGUGGCUGCAUGGAAAGUUGUAUUUCUAUAAACAAUUGUAGCAUGGAAAAUGGACAUUCAUGUGCAUUUGUAGUCUGAAAACAUUAAAUAGACCGUUAACUGUUUUAUUGGUAUAGUGCUGAUUAUUGUCUUGAUGAAUGUUAAAUGGGUGAAACAGGCACGCACAUGUUUAAUCA